AAUCAGAAAAAGAAAAUUUGACUGCUUCUAUUCCUUCCUCUGUGCUUCACGAUUAGAAAGACUUACUGAAUAGAAUCACUUUUCUAAGGUCUUUGAUAAUACAAAUUGAGGGUUAAAAAUUGGUUACCUCCUCCUAUGGACUCUCGAAGUGGUGUGGCCGAGGAAAAUACUGCUGCAAGUAAAGGGAUUAGAAAGAAGGUGAAGAACUCUGAGUCAGUAGCGUUACGGAGAUACAAGAUUGAUACUUAUAACUUAGCGGACCUUGAUAAGGUUUUGAAUGAUGUCUACUGCUCUUGUCGUCCUGUUUCUGCUGACUACGAUGCUAGGAAUGAUACUUUGAAACACCUCGAUGCAUUGGCUUUAGAUGUCUUCUAUGAUUCUAAGGGUGGCAGGCCGGUCCUCAAGGCGUACGGGUCUUUCGCGAUGGAUAUGUUUUUCGCGCGGAGUGAUUUGGAUGUGUCUUUUAACUUUGGUGAUGGAGCAUCUGAGCUUCCUCGUGAUACGAAGCUCCAGUUCCUCGGAAGAUUUGCCGAAAAGCUCCGCUCUCUGCAGGGUAAGUUUUUUUUCCUUUUUAGUAUAUUUGUUAUUGGUAAGUAUGAUGGAUGUGAAAAACUGAAUUUUUUUUUGGUUGUAGGAGAAGGGCAUGUUAGGAAUGUUGUAUCCAUCUUGAGUGCUAGGGUGCCAAUUGUCAGAUUCUUUGAUCAAAGGACUUGUGUUGAAUGUGAUUUGGCUGUUGAUAGCAAAGAAGGCGUUUUGAAUUCACGCAUCAUUCAGAUUAUUUCUCAGAUUGAUGACAGGUUUCAGAAACUUUGUCUCUUGAUUAAGCAUUGGGCCAAAGCACAUGAUGUUAACAGUGCGUUGCACAAAACCCUUAAUUCUAUAUCUAUAACGUUGCUAGUCGCUCAUCAUUUACAGACUCAAAAUCCUCCCAUUCUACCUCCAUUCUCUUUACUAUUUAAAGAUGGAAUUGAUCCUCCCAAUGUUGAGAAAAGGACGCAGGAGUUCUUGAACUGGGGAAAACGAAAUAAAGAAUCUUUGGGUAGACUCUUUGUAUCGUUUUUUGUCAAGCUGCAAUCUGUGGAGUUCCUUUGGAGACAAGGACUUUGCGUCAGUUUGCUAAGUGGUCUUUGGAUAUCCAAAAGGUGGAGAAAAGCUGGUGCCGGGAUUAACGUUGAGGAUUUUAUAGACGUGUCUCAAAAUGUUGCAAGGGUGGUUAAUGAAAGAGGGGCUAAAAAGAUUUACGGUUCUAUAAACAAAACCGUCGAAGACCUUUUUGAGUUCCUUAAUGGCAAGGUCGAUGGAGCACAUCUCAAAGACAUGUUGUUUGUCCCCCAACCCGUUGUGGAGCCUCCUCCUCCUCCUCCACCUCCUGUGCAGCCAGUCGAAGUUUACCAUAAACCAACUCAUCACAUCAACUACAGAUGUGAUGAGUUUAAGGGUCGUCACAACAAAAGGCCUCGUCUUGGAAAUGGUGGUCAUUAUGUAGGCGACGACAGUCAUGCAAUUGAUCUGCCACCGCCGCCACCACCCUUUGGCAGAGUUUAUACGAUUUAUUGUGACAAAUUCGGUCCUCAAAACCUUACCUGACCUUAAUUUUGCUAGUGUUUUUUUUGAUCAGUCACCAACCAUUUUUGAAAGAUGAAUAUAAAAUUUCAUGUUUUAUAGUUGAGACCCGAUGAGAAAAGAAGCAAAUGUAUUUUAGAGGGUUUGGGUUACUUGAGACUUGAGAGAGAGAAUAUGUGAUUUUAUAUAAUCUUACACAGGUUAGCUGAAAAUUAUUUA